AUGAUUACGCGAAACACACAGGCGGUCAUACGUCUGACUCGUGGCUGGUUGGCUUUCAAUGUUCUACAGUCGGUCGGAUUUAUCUGUUCCUGCAUAGCAGACUCUCCGGCACUAGCUGAACGAACUUUUGUCAACGGAUCAGUGGUCGCAACACGACAGCACGCAUGCUCUACGUUGCUAUUUCUUGGAUUAAGAUUAGCUCUCCUUUUCGCCCCAACCUCGAUUCUCAUGCACCGGCUGCACAUCGCGCUGUCUUCAUCAUUCACACUCUUUAUUCUUUCCGAAGUCUAUAUCUUGAAGUCAAUGACGGCGGACUACGCCAAUUUCUUUUCAGCUGGUUUUUCUGCGUUGUCUGCUAUUUUAUCGAUGAUCUAUGUAUGUCUUCCACAAACUGACCAAGCCGACGAGCAUCGGCCGCGUCGAUUCGGACCUCGUAUAUAUACGAGACACUUUAUGGAAAAGGACGUGCUUAUCACGCCAGAUACCCCGGAGAUACGGGAGUUGCGAAAGCGUCAGUACGACCUCAUGAAGCGUGUAUUUUUAUUAAUCGGCACCCUGUCGGCCCUUAUAUUAAUUAUGAUGCAAACGAGAAGCGAACGGGAUGAUGGUGUCUAUGCGUAUCUUCGCGUACUCCCCAGAGUUGGCGAGCAGGCCAGCAGUCUGUUUGGAUUUUUAAGAGCUGCGUUAUGGCUGGGCCAUCAUGCCCUAGUCUUCAGUGGUCCAAUGGUGCCGGAACCCUGGGAUUUUGAGAACAUGAAGGAACUAGAUUUCUUGAGGAAUCCCAUCGGCUUCGAGCAGGGCAGAGCUGGAAAAAUCCCCAAGGAAUCAGCUGUCUAUCUUCAUAUGCGAUCUGACUAUUUGUCAGCUGAAAAUAAAACCAAUAUUUUCCCAGGGCUGCAGUUAUUUAAUGAACAAGAAUUGGCGAAUCUACAUGAAACACUCGACUACAUUUACCGUGGAUUUGAUCCAACGGUAGAAAUGGCAAAAACAAAUCCAGUAGUGGAAGAAUGCCGAAUAAAAUCGACGAAACAAUUCAAAGACUGGGAUUGUAUAAUGCCGACCGGAUCGAUAUGUCAUGAUGCGAUGAAAGAUCUUGAUCAAUGGCUCUACGCGAUGCCAACGGAAAAUUCAAUGUGGACCCCGAUA